UCCAUUCACGAAUAAAUUAGUCCGCCGUCGUGACAAUCGAUGCGCGACUUAACGUUAUAUAUUUUUUUGUUUGAGCGUACUGUACUCGCCAACGAAAACGUACAUAAUUAAUCGUCGAAUCCCGCCCCACCCCCCCUCUUUUUUUCAUUUGUAAGCAAGUCGCGAAUCGGGUUCGACUGCAGCGCUCCCGCGCGUCGUUCCAACCGCGCGCUAUUUUACCUCGGCGCGGAGUGACACACGUUUUAAAAGCGUAGCGUGGUUGCGUGGUGGGGUGGGGGGGUGGAGAGAGAAAAAGGAGUCGAGCGCGUUUGGCGGUGGUGCGGUCGGUGCUGAGCCUCUCGAACGCGGAGUGGUUUUUUUCUCCUCAUAGCGUGGACUCAAAAAAAAACAAAGUAUUUUUAAACGUCGACGUUGCUCUCGUUCCGCGUCUCUCCAGCCUGCCGCUUUUAUAUAUAUUUUUUUUGCAAGCGCGAUGUCGUCCGGCUCCGUCUACAUCCCCGAGUUGGUGGCGGAAAAGGACAGCCUCGACCCGUCCUUCGUGCAGGCCAUGCGGCUGCUGGGCGCAGAAAUAUCACGUCUGCAAAACGGGGGCGACGACAAGAAAGACGAUGACAAGAAAUAUCGGAACAUAAUUGGCGAGCAGAAUUUCAAGUUGGCGGAGAAGGUCCUCAUCCCGGCUAAGCAGCACCCGAAGUUCAACUUCGUGGGGAAACUGCUUGGCCCACAAGGGAACACGUUGAAACGACUGCAAGUUGAGACGGGCACCAGGAUGGCCAUCAUGGGCAAGGGGUGCAUGAAGGACAGAGCCAAGGAAGAGGAGCUCCGAAACAGCGGCGAGGCCAAGUACGUUCACUUGAAUGAAGAGCUGCACGUGCUCAUUGAAGUGUACGCACCCCUCCCUGAAGCCUACAGCCGCAUGGGGCACGCUCUCGAAGAGGUCAAGAAGUUCUUCAACCCGGAUUACAACGAUGAAAUCUGCCAGGAGCAGCUGAUGGAAAUGACAUACCUGAAUGGCGUGGAGGUGCCCGUGGUAGCGCGUGGCCGUGCCAUGAGGGGCCGCGGCAUUCCCCCGCCUCCUCCCGGCGCUCCUGCGCUCAUAAGGGGCCGUGGUGUGGGCCCCCCGUUGCUGCGUGGGCCACAGGGGGGGUCACGUGGAGUCGCAUCCCCCAGGGGGGUCCCGCGAGGGCGCGGGGGACCCGGGGGGCCCGUGGAACGUGGCGGAAUGAGUGCACGCAGACCCAUCGGACGAGGUGCCGCCAGGGGUGCUUCGAGGGGGGCGCCGCCAACUCGUGGGAGAGGAAAUGCGGGCGGUGCCACUUCGGGUCCCAUCGCGUCCACCCCUUCCCAGGCCUACGAUGACAGCUAUUCCAGUUCACCGUAUGAAAGCCAUGGAUACGAGACUUACGAUUACUCCUCCUUGCCAACGUUCGACGCCUACGAUUACGAGUUGCCUGCCGCACUAAGCGGUGUAGAAAGUUACGACUAUGGUCACGGAUCGACCGCGGAGGCGUACACUGGUUACGGGCAAGAGGAGAAGUCUGGAGGCUCUAACAAUCGGCUGAAGACUUCGUCGUCCCGCGCGAUGCGGUACUCUUACCGCGAACACCCGUAUGGCCGGGGAGACGUAAGAAAUUCUGCUGUCUGACGCAGCAUACUUAACUUGCGUCAGGGGGGAAACCCGGCAUCAUACCGCGACCUUUUAAGCUGUAGAGUGUUGAUUCAGUCACAUCAUGAAGGGCCGACGUGCUGAAGAAGCUACAAAGGGCACAUGAUCUGUCUGCUGUAUAACGCACAACAAUUCACUGCACCGGUCUCAUGCCCAACCUCCAUGGCUCAUUAGGAGGGACGGAUGCGUUUAAGUUUGAAAAACGUGAGAAAAUAAUUAUGCAAGAACAAUUGUAGCCCAGUAUAAAUCCACUGCUGGGUAAAGUCCCCUCCGCCACUGUUGUUGGUCUUGCGGAUUGUUUGGCCGUACUUCGGCACUCGGGCUACGGUUCACGUUGAAAAAGUUGGGAGGCCCAGGACCCGUGUCACACGUCACGAUGUUAGCCACAGAUGGGAAUCGAAGGCAGCUCGCCAGGUUCGCAGCGUGGUGUGCCAACCACCACACCACUGUUCCCCCGCCGAAUUGCCGCAAAACUAAUUUGCGCAAAUUCCUAUACAAUAAUAUAUAACGGGUGAAGUUUAUUUAAGAAAGGGAAAAACCAAGAAAACAUUUCGGUAAAAUAUUAGGUGCUGCAGUUGGCAGUGGCCCACAACAAAGGAGAUCCAUUCGUCAACACCUCUGGCAUAAAGGAAAAUACACAAUAGGCAUUUAUCCUAGCAGUGGUCCUUCAAGGCACAUGCAGAUGGGCAAUAGCCUUUAUAAUUUGACCAAAACUGUCAUCAGUUGUGUAUGGCCAAUUAGUCCUCCAACUCUAGCCCUUGCAUUGAGAGUUUUGAUCUUGUGCCCAGACGUGUUACUGUAUUCUCUGGAUUAGAAGAUGCUCCGAUAAGUUGGGACACAUUCCAAACUUACUAAUAGAAUAAAGUUAUUCUAAUGUUUACACACGCAGCUUUUGAUUUAAAAUACAGGGUAAAAAAAUGUGCUUAUCCAGAGAAUACGGUAUAAGUUUGAUACGGGGAAACUUGCGUUUCUGGCUUUCCCGGCAACACCUGUCUCACUCCCUGGGUGUCGCGAUGUCUGUGCUCACAACUACUUGCUAGAGUUUUAUACGUACGUAAUCUGUGUAUUUUAAACUGACUAAAAAGAACCAAAUCGUUAGCACUUAACUUUUUUUACAUAUUUGUAGCUUGUACAAAGAAUUCGCAACAUUUUAUGAAUACAGUACGAAACUGAAAUGGGUUUUAUGGUUGGUUUAAAGUUUUGAGAGCGAGGUUCUAACAAUGUAACAAACUAAUGCUUGGCUUAUUUUGAAUCCCUUUCCUCUCGCGUGUUAAUCCUAUAAUAUGAAAUACAUUAUUAUUAAAAUCCCUCUCCACUAUUUUUAAUGAAAGUACGAGUUACUAAUUUAAGUUCUCAAAUCUGACUGCCCCUGUAUGUAGUGUCAUGGAUGAAGGAAGGUGUACAUAGCAGGUGUUUAUUGUGCUCAUGUUUGCCGGUGGGUACCAAUACAUGAAUGAUUUCGGCAAUGCGAGACAUCCGAGUGUAAUUUAAGUCAUUGCAGCUGAUCCAAAUUGGGUACAAACGACACCUAUUAGCAGAUUUUUGAGGACAGUAUUAAAAAAGAUGACCAACAUUUUGUUACAUGUUAGAAAUAUUUGUAUUCUGCUUAUACAGUAUAUAACGAUGUGAUUUUCCACGAACCCAUGAGUACAUAUCCUACGUAAGUUCAGGGUCUUUACAAAUGAGGGUCACUGUGACGACUAUUUUUUGUCCUGGAUAUAAAAAAAAACUUGGCUCCUAUAUUAUCAAAGUAGAUAUAGAUCCAUUCCAACCUAGUGGCCUGCAUUGCUUAUAUUUUUAAUUGCACACGCUAUCAAACUGAACUUAAGCCGAUCGAUCGCUCGGGGAUUUGUUAUACGAGGUUGAUUUAUUUUUUACGGGGUACUCCCGUGGCGCGUCUAAACCUCAACGUUGGGGAAAACUGUGAAGUCGCUGAAAGUGCAGUACUCGUUGCGAUUGAAUGUUUGGAAAGAUGCUGGAGAAAGUCUCGCCUCAAACCCCCAGGAAAUUGUGGCCCCAAUGAGCAAACGGGAGUUUUUAUAAUCGCAAAGAAACUGAAAACGAAUUUGAUUCGUGUUUUUUGGGGUUAGGCUAAUGAUCUGGCCAAAUGUGUGGCUAAGGCCCUCCGCCACGUGACGGCCAAAUAAGUAGAAUUGUGUGUACAAGUUGUUUAAUGUGCCAAUCGUUUCAGUUCGCCUAUAAGUUGAAACAUUCUCAAUCAAAUCAAGCAAUUAGUAUCAAAGUUCAACAAUUAGUAUAGAACUACGAAUUAUUCAACUUACUGGUGAUCUAAAACAAUGAAUUUACGCGUUAAACGUGUGACGAAUUGUAUUUGUUUGGCUUGUGGAGGGGUCUGAACGACACCGAUUUGGCGAGAUCAUUGUGGCAUCUCGCGCAAAAAAAAAUAUAUUCGUGAUAAUGGCUGCUAAAACGUGCUCCGUGUAAAGUGAAACCUCAGCCGCUUGGACGUGUCACUAGACGGAAAGGUACACUACCAAAACUAAUCUCUACUGGAACUGCCCAUAAUAUACCCUUAACUCUGCCAAGUCCACAUCCAUGGCUUCAGGCGAGACGGUCUUCACCUGGUUGUGUGUAACGCGUCUGGCCGAUGGGUACACAUACGGACUUCUUUCAAAAGAGGCAACCCCACCCCCCGUGUAAGUUGUAAUAUAGUUUGCCGUUUGUAUAUUUGUAAAUACGGUAGUUGCGUUUCUU